GGCAGAGGAAGCAGAAGGAGAGUCACAGGGAUAGGGUGAAGCAUGCAAGGUAAGUUUGCCGGAGUGAAGGAGGUUGCCGAGGGGAAGGGGGAUCGAGGGGAGGAGAAGGUCGGGGGGGGAAGGGGCCCAUCAGGAUGUGGGAUCGAGGGGAGGAGAAGGUCGGGAUGCCAGUCAGGGUGGGGAUAUAGGAACCCGAUGAAGUGCAGGGGAAAGAACGCCAGGGCGACAGGGAUUAAUCGUGAGACAAGAAGAGGAACAAGAGGAAGCAGAGGAAGAUGUAGCUGCAUUUCCUUCAUGGCGCUAACCGCUGCUCAUCGUGGAUGGGAUGCCCUGCAUGCAGACGUGGGAGAAGGAGAUCAUCACAGGUUUCGACGUCCACAGGUUUCGUCAGCAGUUUCUUUUUCCCGGUGUCCAAGGACCCCAAUCUCUAGCUUAGCACGAGCAAGAAGAAGGGGGGGGGGUGUUAGGCUUAGCUACUGUACUCUUCACCAUGUAGGGAUUGCAGCGUUGGGCAGGGGGUCGGCGGUCCGAUGGCCGCUCCCUCUGCUCAGGUUAGGUGAGAACAAUGAGGGAGGCGGCUUCAUGGGUUGUGAUAUUUCCGCUUUAGGAAAGGAUCCCGUGUGCGCUGGUUGUGACGGAUACGACAGUUGCCCCAAUCAUCUCUUUUCCGCUUCUUCUCCUCCUCCCGCUCCUCUUCCCCUUCUUCGCCCUCGUUCUCUUCUCCCUCCUCAUCAUUUUCAUGGCUGGACCAGGAAGACGAGGAAGAUGGGGGGAAGGAGUAUGGCUGUUGUCCCCAGUGCAGUGCAUGGCGAUGGUGUUGGGCGUGUUGUUGUCGUCACAUCGGACUCUGGUGGCGGGAAGUUGCAGGAAGAGACUAGGAAUGUCCUCCGACAUGCCGAGGGUGUGCUGGAUGCUGACAUGGCGUAUCUGACAAGGACAGCAAGGUUGGUUCAGUGGUAUCCCGGCCAUAUAGCCAAGGCCGAGAGGGAUCUGAAGCAGCAACUGAAGCUCGUUGAUGUCGUCAUAGAGGUGCGCGAUGCGCGGAUUCCCCUCGCAACCACUCAUCCUGACAUCGAUCAGUGGAUUGGUGGACGAUUGAAGAUCAUCGUACUUAAUCGACAGGACAUGGUGUCUUCUGAAGACAGGCGAAUAUGGUCUGCCUACUUCCGUCAGAAUGGGGAGAAGGUGUUUUACACAGAUGGUCAGCAUGGCGUCGGGAUUCAGCAACUGCAGAAAGCCGCUUCCGGGAUAGGAAAGUCCAUCAACUCGAAAAGGAAAAUGAAAGGAUUGCUGCCCCGUUCAGUCCGCGCUGCCGUUGUUGGGUUUCCUAAUGUGGGCAAGUCGGCUCUCAUUAAUCGUCUCCUGAAAAAGCGGGCGUGUGAAAGCGCCCCGCGACCAGGAGUAACGCGAAGUGUUAGAUGGAUUCAGAUCGGCGAGGAGCUGGACCUGAUGGAUGCCCCAGGUAUCCUCCCUAUGCGCAUCGCCGAUCAAGCGGCCGCUGUGCGUCUGGCCAUCUGUAACGAUAUCGGGGAGGCUUCUUAUGACGUGGCGGGAGUGGCCGCCAUCAUGAUAGAGAUGAUUCGACGGAUGUCCUGGGUGCGCGUCAAUGCUGUGAGUGAUAGGUACAAGAUAGAUGCAGCAUCAGUCAGUGGGGAAGAGCUUCUGUACAGGCUGGCAGAUCGGUUGUUUGGUGGGGAUAUAGAUGUGGCAGCGCAUAGAGUGCUCAAAGAUUACAGAAGGGGGGCACUAGGGUUGUUUGCCUUGGAACGUCCCCCAAAACCAAAACCCCUUUGAGUAAAAGCGAACAAUUAAUUGAUUUCAAAAAGUUGGGGUUAAAGAACAAAGGAUGAAAUCUAGA